CACCAGCUGACAGCUAAGAUGGCCGCACCGCAAAGUAACUGAGCGUAUGGUGCUAUCUCUUUCGCACUGCCUGGGUGGCUGGUGUAGCAGGGUGGUUUCCCUUGUACAGUGUAGGGAGCAAACAAGAGCAUAAAAAAACACUCGAGUAAUAUUUAUCAACGCGCUAUUACUCACUCGCAAGCCCGUGCCCGUAGCUGACUAAGCGCAAGGAAACACCCGAGUCAGUAAAUGUUUCCACUGUAAAGUGUGCGCCCGUCGAAAGCCAGCGGUUUUUUUUUGCAGCAUCUUCGCAACCCGUGUCGUGUCCCCAGGUAGCAGCCAACCGAACCCACACACAAACCUUCCCCCGGGGAAAAAAAAAACAACGGAAUGGAUAGCAGGGGGCGGCACGUUAUUGUUUGCGACAACGGAACGGGUUUCGUAAAAUGUGGUUACGCCGGCAGCAACUUUCCGGCCCAUAUCUUCCCGUCGAUGGUCGGCAGGCCCAUCAUCCGGGCGGUGAACAAAAUCGGGGACAUCGAAGUGAAGGACUUGAUGGUGGGCGAUGAGGCGUCCCAGUUACGGUCCCUGCUGGAGGUGUCCUACCCGAUGGAGAACGGUGUGGUGCGGAACUGGGAGGACAUGUGCCACGUCUGGGACUACACGUUCGGUCCGAAAAAGAUGAACAUCGAGCCGGCCAACACGAAGAUUUUGCUUACCGAGCCACCGAUGAACCCGACCAAAAAUCGGGAAAAGAUGAUUGAGGUUAUGUUCGAGAAGUAUGGCUUCGAUUCGGCGUACAUUGCGAUCCAGGCGGUGCUGACGCUGUACGCGCAGGGCUUGAUCAGCGGCGUGGUGAUUGAUUCGGGCGACGGUGUCACGCACAUCUGUCCGGUGUACGAAGAGUUCGCGCUGCCGCACCUUACCCGUCGGCUAGACAUUGCGGGGCGGGACAUUACGCGCUACCUGAUCAAGCUGCUGCUGCUGCGCGGAUACGCCUUUAACCAUUCGGCUGACUUUGAGACGGUGCGCAUGAUGAAGGAGAAGCUCUGCUACAUCGGGUACGACAUUGAGAUGGAGCAACGGCUUGCGCUGGAAACGACGGUGCUGGUUGAGUCGUACACGCUGCCCGAUGGGCGUAUGAUAAAGGUGGGUGGUGAACGGUUCGAAGCACCGGAAGCACUCUUCCAGCCGCAUCUGAUCAACGUGGAGGGCCAAGGCAUUGCGGAGCUAGUGUUCUCCACCAUCCAGGCGGCCGAUAUCGAUAUGCGCUCGGAGCUGUACAAGCACAUUGUGCUGUCGGGUGGCUCGACCAUGUACCCGGGACUGCCGUCCAGGCUGGAGCGCGAAAUCAAGCAGCUGUAUCUGGAACGGGUGCUCAAGAACGACAUCGACAAGCUGUCCAAGUUUAAGAUACGCAUCGAAGAUCCGCCCCGGCGAAAGGAUAUGGUGUUCAUCGGUGGUGCCGUACUAGCGGAGGUAACGAAGGACCGGGAUGCAUUUUGGAUGUCGAAAGCGGAAUACCAAGAGCAGGGGCUAAAUGUGCUGAAAAAGCUUAGCACCAGAACGAGUAACUAGAGGGAGGCCACCCAAAACGCGCCGAAAUUACAUCCGGAGAUUAGCGAACGUUUGACAAAGCUCAAACGUUCAAUUGCACACACACACACACACACCCGCAACCGCACACAGAAACACAAGCAAGCAGGCAAGUUUGUGGUAUUCCAAUCUAGCUUAAUCGAUUACUGUACCGGGCGUUGCUCAACCUUUGCCUCUGCGCAAAGGUGAACGAUUCGAGUAGAGAGAGAGAGGGAGAACGUGUAGAGAGAGAUUAGCAAGCAUUUUGCUUAACUUUUUGUUUCUUUAUUUGUCUAAUGUUUCCUUUUGUGAAUUUUGGUUUGCCCUUACCCAUACAGAAGCGGUUUUGCAGUAGAAUUGCUGCAGUGUUCGUAAUUGUGAAUUCCAGCUAGUGUUUAUAGUAUGAAGCGCCCGGCAAGCAUAAUACGCCUUUUUUUAAUGAAUUUACUAUACUUUUUUAUUGCAUUUUACCUGAUUUUGUUUAUACAAUCGCAUUUCUUUCCCAAGCCGAAGAAUUAGAGGUGAAAAAAAACAAACAAGAGUCGCGGAACACGUUAACAUGUAAAAUUUAUGUGUGUAUGUAUAUGUUGCUUCUUUUGCCUUUUUUUUUUUAUUCGAAACUGAAAUUUGUUGUUAACUCAAAUCUGUAUCAUUGUAAAAGCAUGUUUUUCGAUGUCCCCUUUUGUUGUACGUGGUUGAAGUGUUUCCAUUCCUGCAUAAUGCGUUUUUUCUUUGUUGUUGUGUCUGGCUUUUGGCCAAUAAGUUGGAACAAAAAACGAAAAGAAAAAAGGAACAAAAAGAAAUAUUUGCCAAAAGCAGCAAAAAUGUUCGCUGCGAAAUGAAACCAAAAUCGACCGUAUGCAAAUGCGCGCGAACCACAACCAUAGCUGACCGAGCUAUGGAAGAAGGGAGGAUGGAGAAAAAAAAAAAUUGAAACAAGUAGAUUAGAACCUCUACCAAGUAAGGUGCAAUUACUAGUACAUCCCUGCCCCAAAAAAAAAGGAAACUUUAGAUAAAUCAGGCAGGACAACGACAAAAUCCGGUGUAUAAAUGAUUCUUUAGUUAGAAACAGAUAACGGGGGGGGGGGGGGGAACAAAAACCGGUAACCAAACGAGGAGAGGUAAAACAGAAACACGAAGGCACACGGUUUGCUAUACGCGCCGUGACAUGCUAGGAGUGUGGUGGCAACAUCCAAAACGUAUUAUUGAAAGGGUAGAGAAUAAAAGUAACAAACGGAAA